CCCAGCACACCAAGCAGAAGAGAUGCCUCUAAGAUUUUAUCUCUGGCCACCAACUAGAGCCACUUGAACCAGAUAGAGUAUUGAAAACUGCCAGGGUGACCAAGGCCUGCCUCUGAUGUGAGGCAAAUAAAUUUACACCUUAAAAAAUGAAUGCCAAGGCAGCAUGACACUAUAAGCACUCAUGACAUCCAGGGACACCAGCAGGGUGUGGUACUGUGCCCUGGAGUCAGAAUCCUGGGUUCUGGUCCCUGGGCACGAGAAAAUGAAAAUGACUUGUCCCUGCUCCCGUGGCAUUGAUCCUCCCGCCCUGCUGCUCCCUUUUCUGCUCCCAAGCCCAUGUGCAGUGCUCAGCCCCAGACAUCACUGUCCCAAGGGUAUACACAGUGCCACCUACUGCACACAAACACAAACCCACAGAAGGUGACAAAAAUCUGCGUUUGGGACUCCCGAUUGUGAAAGAGGGAGAACAGUGAACAUAGAGCUACAGAGACUGGGACUCAUGGGAUGGAAGGUGAUGGAGCUGUAACAUAACAUAUGUGUGACCUCGUGUGAAAUGUGCAGAUCCUUGUGGAAUAAAACACACAGCCUGGCCUGGGACUAGGGCCACCCACACUUCCCUUCCAGUCCACCAGUGGGCGGCAGAGUCCCUCCAGCCUGGAGCCUUCUCAGGGGAUGCCGACCUCCCUCAUCUGAAACGAUAGCCGAGAAGGGUCCACCCUCACCAGGGUCACCUCGGCCCAAGUCCUCAACGUCCUCCGUGCUCCCCACACGGACUCUGUCAGCUCCUCCCUGACCUGGCGGCCGCCAACCUGACACCCCUCCCUCUGCCGGCAGCUCCUGACCCACAUACCUGCUCCUUCCCUGGGAUCAGCUAAAAAGACAUCUCCCAGGGCAGCGAUGGUGCACGCGACGCCACAUUGGGCGCUUUCCCCUCAUUACCUCCCUCCAUCCUCAUCAACUCUUUCUGUCACUGCUCCCUAAAUGCCCGCCCGUGCUCCAACUGUCCUGUUCUCUGAGGCAUCCCAGGCCAAGCCUAGCGCUGCUACAGAACAGCGGCUGCCUGAGGACCCACAGCCUCCCUGGGAAUCAAUCAGGCACCCUGUGACCUGUCUGCCCGCUGCCCCCCGGGGGGCUCAGAGCGCGUGUGAUGGUCACGCACAGGCGCCAUCCAGGAUGUGGCCACCUACCCCCGGCUGUCCCUUGGGAAGACAGACCUCUCCUGUGUCCCUGCUGGGAGAAGGAGGUAUUAUUGCUCUUUGCUCCCAGUACACAACUCACACCCAGCCACCCUCUCAGGGGUGAGCAACGUCCCUCCAAACAGGAUCUCUGGCGACUGCCUGUUCCUUCUCUACAGAGAGCAGCUUGGCUAUGUCAAAACCCUCAGGACAGACUCCUGGGUAUGUCAGCACAUGGAGGGCUGAGCCCAUCAUGACCACGGAGUAAGUUGGGAGGAAUCUCUCCAGCUCUGAACCCCUGCUCUGUCCCAGGCUCCCCUUCCUGCGUCUCAACGAGCCAUGUUCCACGGGGUUCCUGGGUAACUCCCUACUUCCUCCUGCACCACCAUGGGGAAGGUGUGGUAAUUACAGGACACUCAGAUGGGCAGAGACGAGAGGACACCAAAAAUGGUCAGGAAGAAAGAAGAAACCCUGAGCCCCAGCUCAGCCACCAGACCCCAGGGAGCAAUAGAGUGACUAAGAACUGUCCUUUGACUAUGGAACUCACAGCCCCCACUGAGCAACCAGCACAGGCCUCUCCUCCCAAGAGACAUGAAAGAUUCACCCUGCACACCUCCAGGAAGGACACUUUCCUCUGGGACACCCAGGUCCUGAAUAUCCAUCCUUGGAAGCUGCAGUCAAGCUAGACACAAUUAGAGAAAGGAAGGGUUCCUGUCACCAGGCGACACACAACUCACCCACAGCACAAUGGGGUGUCCCUGUGACAGGGACCUGGUGCAGCUCCAACCUCCUGCACUGAAGGGGAGAGUCAGAUGGGGAUGAAAGAGGGCAAAGGGCAUGAAUGUGCACCCCAAACCAGAGCCAUUGGGACAGCAGGAGGCUGAGGCCCAGGACUGUACUUGCCCAACCUACAGGGUAUGUGUGUGACUGUGUGUGUCUGUGUGCAUCUCUUUUGUGUGUGCGUUUGUGUUUCUGCACAUACUGUGUGUUGAGGAUUGGUGACAGAAUCACUGCUGAAAAAGGCAGAGGCCCCCACAAUUCCCAGGGACCUGACACACAGACAAAAGGAAAAAGAGAAGGAGGGACAAGGAGGCAGGACAGAGAGGGGAGGGGACAGAGGGGUGUCCUGGGCACAGACCCCACCCAUGAGCCUGAGAAGUGCUCCUGCCCCGGGAAGAGGUUCAGCACAGAAAGAGGAAGGACAGCACAGCUGACAGCCGUGCUCAGAAAGUUUCUGGAUCCCAGACUCAUCUCCACAGAGGAGAACAUGCAGGCAGCACAGACCAUGGGGGCCCUCUCAGCCCCUCCCUACACACUGCACAUCACCUGGAAGGAGCUUCUACUCACAGCAUCACUUUUAAUCUUCUGGAACCCACCCACCACUGCUCAAGUCACAAUUGAAGCCCAGCCAGCCAAAGUUUCUGAGGGGAAGGAUGUUCUUCUACUUGUCCACAAUUUGCCCCAGAAUCUUGCUGCCUGCAUCUGGUACAAAGGGCAAAUAAUGGACCUCCAACAUUACAUUACAGCAUAUGUAAUAGAUGCUGAAACAAUUAUAUUUGGGCCUGCAUACAGUGGACGAGAAACAGUAUAUUCCAAUGCAUCCCUGCUGAUCCAGAAUGUCACCCAGAAGGACACAGGAUCCUACACCAUACAAAUCAUACAGCGAGGUGAUAAGACUAAAGGAGUAACUGGACAUUUCACCUUAUAUGGAACACUUUAUCUUGGAGACUCCAAGCCCUCCAUUUCCAGCAGCAACUUAAACCCCAGGGAGGCCAUGGAGACUGUGAUCUUAUCCUGUGAUCCUGACACUCAGGACGUAAGCUACCUGUGGUGGAUAAACGGUCAGAGCCUCCGUAUCAGUCACAAGUUGCAGCUGUCCAAAACCAACAGGACCCCCAUUAUAUUUGGUGUUACAAACGAUACUGCAGGACCCUAUGAAUGUGAAAUGAAGAGCCCAGUGAGUUCCAGCCGCAGUGAUCCAGUCACCCUGAAUCUCCUCCUGGAGCUGCCCAAGCCCUACAUCACCAGCAACAACUUCAACCCCAUGGAGAAUAAGAAUGUUGUAGCCUUAACAUGUGAACCUAAGACUCAGAACUACACCUACGUUUGGUGGGUAAACGGUCAGAGCCUCCCCGUCACUCCCAGGCUAAAGCAACCUGGUGAAAACAGGAUCCUCAUUCUAGCCAAUGUCACAAGAAAUGACACAGGAUCCUACGAAUGUGAAAUACAGGAUCGAGUUGGUAGCAUUCGCAGUGACCCAGUCACCCUGGAUGUCCUCUAUGGUCCAGACGUCCCCAGGAUUAUCCCUCCAUUCACCCAUUACCAUUCAGGAGAAAACCUCUACUUGUCCUGCUUCGCGGACUCCAACCCACCGGCAGAGUAUACUUGGACGAUUAAUAGGAAGUUUCUUCAAUCAGGACAAAAGCUCUCUAUCCCCCAUAUUACUACAAAGCAUAGCGGGCUCUAUGGUUGCUCUGCUCGUAACUCAGCCACUGGCAGGGAACGUUCCAUACUCACGAGGAUCAAAGUCUCUCGUAAGUGGAUCCUGCAUCAUUGGCAAUAGGGUUUUAGAUGGUGUCUAUCUGCCUUUCAGAGAAGACCCAGGAAAACAUUUUAAUUCCCAGCCUGUGUCCCAUUGGCAGAAGCAAAUCCUAAAUUCUCCUCCUGAAUCCUCCCAAUUUGUCUCUACAGACCCUCUUCUCUUUCUUUUUCUGUUUUCUCAUGGCUGACCUUGUGUCCAGCCUGAGAAAAGUAGGGAGGGGGCUUUGAGCCCUAUGUGGUGGAAGAGGCUUCAGAGAGGUGGAAGAGGCUUCACAGAGGGACAAGGAGAGUCUUCAAGAUCAAAUUGCUUUUCGCUGUCACCAACACAUCCAUUUCUGCCACAUCUUUGAUUUCUUUUACCUACUCCAUGAGCUACGAGGAACAUCUGAGGCUUUGAAACAAGCUCACAUUUUUCCCCCAAAUGAGAGGAGGAAGCCCCUUGGAUGAGAGAGGGGCAGCUCAGACUGCUGCCUGCUCUGCUCCGGGCUUCUCCGGUGACUGGCCCUGCCUGACUCCACCUGGGGUGGGACAAGCAAGUGUGGAGAAAGAGCCCUGGUGGCCUGUCCUGAAUUCAGCUAAAUCGAGCUGCCAGUUGAAGUGAAGCCUAGUCUGCAGGGAAAUAAGAACAGAGGGAGCCUCCCGGCAGACUCUUGAACUGUGUCCUGGCUCUGAAGUCACCGGCUGUAUGAGGCUGUGGGCAUAGCACAUGGGACACAGCACAGAGGACAGUGAGUGAUGCACACUUGGAGAAAUAGUGAGAUUCACCUCUGGGGGUCUGCAUGGCAGGAAAGGGGCAGUGAAAAAAGUGUAUAUUUAUAGAGUGUAAGACUACCAGGACACUUUAUAUAUAUAUCUAAUAUAAGACUUAUCAUUAACUAAGUGUGCAAUUUAGUGUUGUGUAACCAUCACACUAUCCAUUUCCAGAACUUUUUCCUUUUACCAUAUUAAACCUCUGGAUCCAAAAAACAGUAACUCUCACUCCUCCCCCUAACCCUUAGCACCCACCAUUCUACUUUCUGUCUCUAUGUAACUAGCUAUUCUAUCUUUUAUAAAUGGAAUCAUAUAAUAAUUAUCCUUUUGUGUCUGGCUUACUUCAGUUAGCAUAAUGUCUUCAAGUUUCAUCCUUUUUGCACGAUGUAUUGGAAUUUUAUUCCUUGUAAGGUUGAAUAGCAUUUUAAUGUAUUUAGAUACACUUCAUUUGCCUACCCACUUAUCUUUCAAUGGACAAUGGACUUUUCCGUUGCUUCCAUUUUUUGGCUAUUGUGAGUAAUGCUUCUCUGACCAUCAAUGUGCAAAUAUUUGUUCAAAUUUCCUUCCAUUCUAUAGGCAGUAUGUCCAGAAGUGGAAUUGCUGGAUCGAAUGGUAAAUUAUUGUUUAAUUUUUUGAGAAAUAGCCAUACCACUUUUUACAGUGGCUAUAACAUUUCCCAUUCCCAUCAGCAAUGCACUAGAGCUCCAAUUUUUCCAUCUAUUUGAAAACACUUGUUUUGUGUUGCUGUCGUUAUUGUUUAUCAAAGCCAUCCUAAAGUGUGUGAGGUGGUGUCACAUUGUGGUUUCGAUUUGUAUAUCUCUAAGUAUUCGUGACACUGAGGAACUCUGCAUGGGCUUAUUGGAUAUUUGUAUAUCUUCCUUGAAGAAAACUCUCUUUUAAUCCUUUGUUCAUUUUUUAAUUGGGUUUUUGGAUGUUUGCUGUUGUUGACUUGUAGUUUUUCAUGUAUUCUGGAAAUUAAUUUCUUCUCAUACUUAAAAUUUGCAAGUAUUUUUCUCAUUUCAUGGGUUGCCUUUUUACUUUCUUGAUAAUGUUCUUUGAUAUAUAAAAGGA